AUGGAGAGGUUUCUAAAAAUUCAACCUCUCACCUUUGGUGGUGUUGCUAAGGGCGCCCUCCAACCAAUGAGGUGGGUGAAGGAGAUGGAGAAGGCAUUUGAGUUUUUGGGUUGUACUGAGGCACAAAAGCUACAAUGUGCUAGGUAUAAACUCCAGCAUGAAGCGGAGGCUUGGUGGCAGACAACCAAGCCUAUUCUGGCCGAUGCUCACCCUGAGUUGACAUGGGAGUUAUUUAAGGAAGAAUUCUUCAAAAAUUAUUUCCCUAGUUCUGUUAGAAGAAGGAAAGAAGUGGAAUUCACAGAAUUAAGCCAGGGACCAAAGUCAAUCCUAGAAUAUCAACAGAUGUUUGAGGAACUUUUCUUCUUUGCUCCUGAGCAUCUGAAGACUGACAAGGCUAAAGCGAGAAAGUUUGAAGAUGGAUUAAGGCCUUCCAUCGGCCAUGUUAUGGUAGCCCAUAAGGCUCAAAGCUAUUCUGAGGUGGUUCAAACAGCCAAGGAAAUUGAAGACAAGCAGAGGGAAAACUUUGCUGGACAAAGGGGUACUGGAAAAAGAACCAUGCCGUUCUCAGAUCGUAAGUACAAUAAGUUUUCGAGAACCCCUCACUACAAAUCAUCUUCCUCGCAGUAUCGAAGGAAAGGAGCAAGGUCGUCUGGUCAGAAUUCAAAGCCGACUCAUACAAGCUCAAUAGUCACAGGGACUACAGCACCAGCAGAUGAUCAAGAAGAUAAGUGUUACAAGUGUGAUCGGUCAGGUCAUUUUACAAGGGAAUGCAAUGUUCGGAGAUCUUUUUCUAACCCUCGGCAACGUCAAGGCAAUAGGACUCAGGGUCGAGUGUUUUCAGCGACUGUGGAAGAAGCUGAGGCAAAUCAAGAUGUGGUGACAGGUACCGUCUCUAUUUGUUCAUCACCGACAUUUACUUUAUUUGACUCGAGUGCCACACAUUCAUUUGUAUCACCGUCCUUUGCAAGGAGAAUGGGCAUUUUGCCUAAGAAAUUAACUAAAGAAUUAAGUGUUAGUACACCCACUGGGACGGUUACUUGGUAUUGUGUACGAACCAUGUAA